AGGCAGACCGCAAAUAUGACCUUUUUGAAUGGGAGAAGGGCGGUCAUAUCAGGGGGAACAGGAGACGUGGAUAACGUCCAAACAAGAGCAGUGGCCAGGCUCACAUGUAAGUAACACCUUCGCAGCAUCUGACCUGCUGUGUGUAUGUUCGUAGCUUCGAAGUGCACCAUCUAUGAAACCUUAUCGUCUAACUGUCCGUAUAAUGAACCCGUCCGACUCAGGACAUGCGAGCUCUCGUUCCCCAUCCACCAUCAUCCCCAAAGUUCGGCACAGUAUUCACCUAGGAUGUGCGCCGAUACGCUACGCACGCAGGACACGACAUGUCAAUACCCAGGCUGCCAACGAUCAGUGUGGCAGGAUCCCGAUGGAUCGUACUCCUCGUACUGCGGUACGACCCAUCGUGAUGCGAUGAAGCUGCUCAACAGCGAAGAGUCCGUACAACUUUGCAAGGUACGAAUUUACCGUGUCUGUUGUCGUACGCCUGUGAACACUGCGUCAAGAACUGCGCAUCGAGGCCAGCAUACAUCGCAGACGGCUGCGGUGCGUGGUUGAUCAUGCCGCCUCUCCUUCGCACGUUGAUCACUCCUAUAGUGCACGACUUUUGUGGUUUGCGUUGCCGAGACGCGUUCCAAGCAGGGAAGCCGAAUCCAGGCAGUCCGCGAGCCUCGCCUGCGCCGACCUUCCGCAUGUGCAAGCUCCACGGCUGCCAACAUCCAGUGUUUGUAGGGUCCGACGGUG